AUGCAGCAUCAAUACAGGAGUCUGUCUGACCAGCUCCCUUCAUCUUGGUCUGGUCAACAUCAAGCUCCAAAGCAACCAUUGCCUGAGGAAAAAGAAACCUGGCUCUUAAGUGAAAAACUCACCAGAAGCAGGCGGCGGAGCAAGCAGAGCAAGGCGGGUGGAAAGGACAGACAGAGCAAGGCGGGUGGAAAGGACAGACAGAGCAAGGCGGGUGGAAAGGACAGGCAGAGCAAGGCGGGUGGAAAGGACAGGCAGAGCAAGGCGGGUGGAAAGGACAGGCAGAGCAAGGCGGGUGGAAAGGACAGACAGAGCAAGGCGGGUGGAAAGGACAGGCAGAGCAAGGCGGGUGGAAAGGACAGACAGAGCAAGGCGGGUGGAAAGGACAGGCAGAGCAAGGCGGGUGGAAAGGACAGACAGAGCAAGGCGGGUGGAAAGGACAGGCAGAGCAAGGCGGGUGGAAAGGACAGGCAGUGCAAGGCGGGUGGAAAGGACAGGCAGAGCAAGGCGGGUGGAAAGGACAGGCAGAGCAAGGCGGGUGGAAAGGACAGACAGCAGGGCAAGGCGGGUGGAAAGGACAGGCAGAGCAAGGCGGGUGGAAAGGACAGGCAGGGCAAGGCGGGUGGAAAGGACAGGCAGAGCAAGGCGGGUGGAAAGGACAGACAGAGCAAGGCGGGUGGAAUGGACAGGCAGAGCAAGGCGGGUGGAAAGGACAGGCAGAGCAAGGCGGGUGGAAAGGACAGACAGAGCAAGGCGGGUGGAAAGGACAGACAGAGCAGUGACUGA